CAUCAAAAUAUUUUCUAUCGUUUCAAAAUUGUAGUCAGAAGUUCGAGUAACCAAAAAAAAACCCCAGAUUAAUAUUUAUUAUCCAUCCCUAGCACAACAUAUGUUCUCCACUGGCCAUCUGUGAGUGAACGAAAUUGCUAUCCCUUUCUGCUCGUCAAAACGCAAAUGCGUAAAUUUUUUAGAAAUUUAUAAGUUCAAAUAAAAUUACAAGAUGCUGGCCAAACGAUUGCAACUAUGGAGAUCAACCCAAGCGGUAUUCACGCUGAACUCGACAGCCACCAGAACUUCCAUACAGAUGUUCUCAGGUGGCAGUAAUCGCGAUUUGCACCUGAGCAGCAGUUGGACCAACCAGCUAAACAAGCGUAUGAUAGCCGCACCACUGAUCCCAUUAAAUGCUCCGGGACCCGGUAUAAUACGCUUUGCAAGCUCAAAGAAGGAAAUACCUGUUGAGUCGGUUCCCACCAAGGAACUGGUGGACCUGCCUGCCAUACCGGAUGCACCUAUUGCGCCACCUACUGAGAUAUCUGCAAUCUCAAGCAACUUUGUGGGCAACGGCGAGCCUUCAUUUGCUUCCAUUGGCUUAGGCGGUUGGUCACCACCAGGAAUGGUGCAGAAUUGUAUGGAAUUUUUGCACUGUACAUGGGAUAUUCCCUGGUGGGGCACCAUUGCCAUAGGUACGCUCGUCGUUCGCACAUUAAUCUUUCCUCUGGUCAUCCUGGCACAGCGCAACUCCGCCAAAAUGAGCAACAACAUGCCACAGAUGCAGGUGCUACAGCUAAAGAUGACAGAAGCUCGGCAAUCGGGUAAUGCCAUCGAAUCGGCCCGCUACGCCCAGGAAAUGAUGCUGUUCAUGCGAGAAAAGGGCGUUAAUCCUCUUAAGAACAUGAUUGUGCCAUUGGCUCAAGCUCCUCUCUUCAUCUCCUUCUUCAUGGGUCUGCGUCAGAUGGCCAAUACACCAGUCGAGUCGAUGCGGGACGGAGGCCUCUUCUGGUUUACCGAUCUCACUCUGGCCGAUCCUUUAUAUCUGCUGCCGGUUAUAACCAGUGCCACGCUCUACCUGACCAUUGAGCUAGGCACAGAUAGCGCUCGUCUGUCGGCUGCAAAUAUGAGCACCAUGAAGUACGUGCUACGCGCUUUGCCUAUUGUCAUAUUUCCAUUCACCAUGAACUUCCCCGCCGCCAUUCUUACCUACUGGGCCUGCAGCAAUUUCAUCUCCCUCGGCCAAGUGGCUCUACUGCGUAUUCCGGCGGUACGGGAUUACUUCAAAAUUGAGAAAAUGCUGUCCCACCCACCCAGUGCACUGAUAGCCAAGAAAAAGGGCUUUGUGGGAGGCAUGAAGGAAUCCUGGGAUAAUAUGAAGAUAACCAAAGAGAUCGAGGAGCGACAGCAAUUGGAUGAAAUACGCUUUGCCAAGGCUGGGAAAGGUCCGCUAGUGAAGACUUACAAGUACGAUCCCACCAAACCGCAUUCAACCCCAGUUAAUACAAAUCCCAAUCCUCUUAAGUCCGAAUCACAGUUCACGAGCAACAUAAAGUCUACCUCCAAGCACUAGCUGUGGUCCUGUCGACUGUACCGCUCGUUGUUAAUUUUAGAUAUAGUAGUUCCAUCAAAACUUAAAGCACAUGUAUAUUCUAAAAUAUAAUA